GCUGGAGAGAGAGGCCUUGUAGGCUCAGUCGCUGAGGCUCCAUCGGCUCUGAGCAGGGGUUUCAGCAGGGGGUCGGAGCCGGGGGUUCUGUGCCCACCGACCGGCGCGCCGUGUCCCUCCAGGCGCCCGGGCCGAACGAAAUGACCAUUAAGAAGUAGAUGCCCAGAUCCAGAAGAGAUGAUACAGUCACUUUAUCAUAAAGAAAGAUGCAUUUGAAGCUUUUCAACCAGAUUGGAACAAAAUUACAUCUGUUUUUCUCAGACGAGAAUUCCUCAAGGUUAAAUCAGCAGACAAAGAAAAUAUGGUAUUUUGAAGUAUGAUUAAACUCCCGAUGCUGCAGCAGAGGAUACGAAUAUUAAUGGCCAGAUCUAGCGCUCACAUGGUCUUCUGAAGAAGCCAUGGGUAGCUGUUGUAGCUGUCCAGAUAAAGACACUGUCCCAGAUAACCAUCGGAACAAGUUUAAGGUUAUUAAUGUGGAUGAUGAUGGGAAUGAGUUAGGUUCUGGCAUAAUGGAACUUACAGACACAGAACUGAUUUUAUACAUCCGCAAACGUGACUCGGUAAAGUGGCACUACCUCUGCCUGCGACGCUAUGGCUAUGAUUCAAAUCUCUUUUCUUUUGAAAGUGGUCGAAGGUGCCAAACUGGACAAGGAAUUUUUGCCUUUAAGUGUGCCCGUGCAGAAGAAUUAUUUAACAUGUUGCAGGAGAUUAUGCAAAAUAAUAGUAUAAAUGUGGUGGAAGAGCCAGUUGUAGAAAGGAAUAAUCAUCAAACAGAAUUGGAAGUUCCCAGAACACCUCGAACACCUACAACUCCAGGGUUUGCUGCUCAGAACUUACCUAAUGGAUAUCCCCGAUAUCCCUCAUUUGGAGAUGCUUCAUCCCAUCCUUCAAGCAGGCAUCCAUCUGUGGGAAGUGCACGCCUGCCUUCAGUAGGUGAAGAAUCUACGCAUCCUUUGCUUGUGGCUGAGGAACAAGUACAUACCUAUGUCAACACUACUGGUGUGCAAGAAGAGCGGAAAAAUCGAACAAGUGUGCAUGUCCCAUUGGAGGCAAGGGUUUCUAAUGCUGAAAGCAACACACCAAAAGAAGAACCAAGUAGCAUUGAGGACAGGGACCCUCAGAUUCUUCUUGAGCCAGAAGGAGUCAAAUUUGUUUUAGGACCAACCCCUGUUCAAAAGCAGUUAAUGGAAAAAGAGAAACUGGAGCAACUUGGAAGAGAUCAAGUUAGUGGAAGUGGUGCAAAUAACACAGAAUGGGACACUGGAUACGACAGUGAUGAACGAAGAGAUGCACCUUCUGUUAACAAACUGGUGUAUGAAAAUAUAAAUGGGCUAUCUAUCCCUAGUGCCUCAGGGGUCAGGAGAGGUCGUCUGACAUCCACCAGUACCUCGGAUACCCAGAAUAUCAACAACUCAGCUCAGAGGAGAACUGCAUUAUUAAACUAUGAAAAUUUACCAUCUUUGCCUCCUGUUUGGGAAGCCCGCAAGCUAAGUAGGGAUGAAGAUGAUAAUUUAGGACCAAAGACCCCAUCUCUAAAUGGCUACCAUAAUAAUCUAGAUCCAAUGCAUAACUAUGUAAAUACAGAGAAUGUAACAGUGCCAGCAAGUGCUCACAAAAUAGAAUAUUCAAGACGUCGGGACUGUACACCAACAGUCUUUAAUUUUGAUAUCAGGCGCCCAAGUUUAGAACACAGGCAGCUCAAUUACAUACAGGUUGACUUGGAAGGUGGCAGUGACUCCGACAACCCGCAGACUCCAAAAACACCUACUACUCCCCUUCCACAAACUCCGACUAGGCGCACAGAGCUGUAUGCUGUGAUAGACAUUGAGAGAACUGCUGCUAUGUCAAAUUUGCAGAAAGCGCUGCCACGAGAUGAUGGUACAUCUAGGAAAACUAGACAUAAUAGUACUGACCUGCCCAUGUGAGCCUGGAAAGCAUUACAUUGUUUGCACCUUUGUGAAGUUUUUAUAAAUGAAGAUGCAAGUGCUUCAUUUUCAUUUCUAAACACUAACUCCUUUUAUAGACUGAUAACUUUUUUUCUGAGUACUUCAUGUGCUUCUUUAACUAAAGGGAAUUAAUAUAGAGCAGGUACUCAUUAAAGAAUACUAAUUUCAUUAAAUACUACUCAUUGUACAGCAGCAUUCCCAUUUUCACAGUGCCUAUUUAAAAUGAUAGUUGAAGUGAGUGACAUGCUGGUUGGUUUUUAUCAAUAUUCUGGACUUACGCAUUUCAUUCAUGUCUAAGUUAUGGUUGGCAUUUAAAACAUUUUAUAAAGCCUCUUGAUAAUGUGUAUUGUUAACAGAUAACUCUAGGCUUUGAAAGUAAUAUUUGUAGAUUCACUGUUCGUGGUAUGUGGCCUCCAGCAUGUAACAUGAGGAAUCCUUUAUUUCAUUAGUUAAAGGUUUUUUUUGACUUGAGCCAAAACAUAUGUAAAGGAAAUAUAAGUACCACACCUCCUUAUAUACCAGGCAGCUCCUUUGCCUUCAGCGUUACUAGAAAGAGUACUAUAUUCAUGAAUAUGUUUUGCUGUUGGUGUGUUGAAAAGGCAGGAAGGAGACAGGAUUUUCUGUUUACUCAUCUCAUCAUGUAAUUUGAAGAGCAUGUCCAAAUAUCUUAAUCAGAAUCACAAUAGGCUCAAGAAUCAGUCUCAGGUCAUACUUUACCCAAAUAUUUGAAAAUCUGAACCAUGAUUUCUUGAAAAUUUUUCUCCUAUAGUUUAUUAACAUUGCCAUUGUUUUCUGGAGACAUUUGUGCCAUUAGGUUCCCAUGUAUCUUCAGUUUUUUUUUUCCUUUGGUGUUUGGAAUGUCUUAUUUUGUUGCUUAAUGUCCUUUUGGAUUUUAAAAUGUUUAAGUUUGUAUAUAGUUUUAAGAUUGGAUUAUAUGUUCAUUGUUUGGUUUGCAUUUUUGUCAAAUUAUGGUUUUGAAGGUUCAUUUGGAACUUACUGUUAUUCUAUAACAGGGUUGCCCUUGUCCAGUAUUUAUUUAUAUGCUGUUUACUUUUCAAGUUGAUAAAAACAUUCUCUCAAUUUUAAAUUUCACUUGUGUCCAUAAGGUGAUCUUUUAGCAGCUGAGAAAAAAAGGAAGAUAAUUUUAACAUGCCAAGUUCCCUAAAGGUACUAUGUUUUCUCUGUGGGCACUCUACCCAGCACUUUAGCAGUGAUUCACUCAGUUACAUGGCUGCAGUUGUACUCUGCCCACUGUAGUGGUCCUCAGCUCUGCUGUCCUUUCUUUCAUAGCUGGAUCUUUGAUUAUCCCUUGACUUCAAUAGAAUGUCUGAAUUGUUACAAACAUAAGAAGUGCAGUGUAACUCUUGUAGCAAUGCAAUUGUGUCAUAAUUUAGGAUUUAGAAUGAAUUGAAGUUUAUAUAAAAUUAUGAGAGUUCUUAAUGUCAAAUUCUUGAAACAUCAAGAAUGCUCCAGUUUCCCAAACACUAGAGAAUACAAGAAAAGGUAGAGUAGAGAGAAAGUUAAAUCACCUUACAAAAUGUUUUACUGUUUUCUCUAAAUAUGAGGAACUUUUAGAUUAUGUUCUGGAUCUACCAGAUAUAAUUAAGGUUAAUUUAGUAAGAAAAAGUUUCAGCCAAAUAGCAACCAGCCUAUAAAAUAAAUAAUCUAAUCAUAGGACAUUGAAUGGAUUAGGAGAACAAUAGAGUGGGGCCAUUAUAAAGAAAAUAAAUUAUUAAAGGUGUCUAUUGAUUUUUAGUGCCAUUGGUUUAUGUGCAUAGCAGAAUUUUCUUUUUUUUCUUCUCUUUUUUCCUGUGAAUUUGGUGCUUACUAAAGUGUUUGCUGUUCUCUAAAAAAGAGAACAGUGGCGUAACUGUGCAGUUUCUAAUACAGUUUGCAAUUUUAAUAUAGUUUUCCAGUUAUACUUUCUUCUGAGUAGAUUGCUAAUUGUGCCAAAUUUAUGUGAUGGCUUUUAUGAUGUGGAAUAAGAAUUCUGAUGGAAAGAAUGCACAUGGUUUUCUCAGAGAACAAGCAGUCAACACAGAACACUAACCUCCAAAUGAAAGGGCUGACUUAUUUAUUCAUUUUGGAGGUUGGAUACUUUUUCUUUCCCUAAUCCUUUUCAUUUUUCCUCCAGUUUCUAAUUACUUUUUAUAUAUUUUUAGAUAACUCCAAUAUAAUCAUUACAGUUUAUGCUUUAAAUACUAUGUGCUUUAAAAAUGAAAAUGGGACCAAUUUGUCUGCUAAGAAUUUGAUUUUAGGUACUGUAUGAGUUUUGUAGGAAGAUGUAUACAAUUGGUGUUAAUUUCUAGAUGACUUCUGGAAAUCACCUGUGUUCUUAUUUAAUAAAAAGUAAUUUAGAACACUGCUUGUCCUUUGUAGUAGUCUAGUACUGGACAUUAAGCUCUGUCUUGGAAGAAUAUUCCUAUUACUAGGUGAAUUUUAGAAUGAAAUAUUUUAUUGGCAUAUAAUUUGUGGCCGUAUGUCUCAGAUUUUCUGAGACAGACCUAAUUUUUUAUAGUCUAUUCUUUUGACAAACCAUGUGAUCCCACUUUUUGGUUUUGGAAAUGUAAUCAUUAUUCAUAUACUUUUCCUCAAAUAGAAUCCUCUUUUAUUUAUGUAGAUCAUGACAGCCUUUAUUCCAGACCAAGGUUGGAAGCUGAUAUAGGUAUUAUGUGUGUUUUUUCUUAAUGUGUUUUAUUUCCCAGUUUCAUCUUCCUUUAAAAAUAAAAAUAUGGUGCCUUCCCUCCCCCCAGGAAGAUUGGCAAAUAGUUCCUUUUAUUUACUGCUGCUGUGGAGUGAUGAGAUAUGCACUUUACUCUUGAAGACUCAGCAAAAAAAAGAAAGAAAGAAAGAAAGAAAAGAAAAGACUUUUCACUUCUCAGUAUAUCUAGAAUAGAUCAUAACAUUUGGGACUUAGGAAAAUUUGCCAAGCAAUCUUUGUUUUUAUAGAUGUCAAUGUUAUAAGAGUAAGUCAAACUAAUGUUUGUAUACAUACACCCCCACCCCAACCCUCCACCCUAACUAAAAAACAUCUGUGGCACAGCAUAUAAAAAUGUACCUCAAUAACGUUCUGUUAAAAAUGGGACAGGGGCCUUAUGUUUUCAUAAUUUCCCAACAUUGUGCCACCAUAUUUUUGCCUCAAAGUAAAGGUUUUGACAAGCUAAAAAGUAUUUCCCAUUUCCCCAUGCUGUCCGUCGUAACCCAUAAUGCCCUAGUGUUUGUUGCAAUGUGUAGUGUGUGUGUGUGUGUGUGUGUGUGUGUCUCUCCUUGGAGUAGACAUACCAUCAGAGAUACCAUACAGAAGUAACUGAUGUAAUGCUAUCUCGUUCAUAUUUCUGGUAUGUAAGGUAUAUGGUACUAAUUAGCUUUUCCUUGAUGUUUGCCAAAUUUGAAUAAAGGAAUUGGUACGAAAUUAUAGAAUGUAUAGAAAUUUUGGCUUGAAAAUUAACAAAGAUUUUAUGACAUACCACAAUAUACUCUGCCCAAACCAGCACCCUAUCUAUCUUUCCUAUUCUUUACAUCCCUUAUUCCUCAUCCCUACUUCCUCAUUUUUUGGGGGGUAUAACACAAUUCUUUUGUAGCAUCAUUAGAAUUGCAAUUCUAUGACAAUUGGACAAUUACAGCACGGAAAUGGACUGGUAUUAAUAGUACAGUAGUCACCAGUGUGCCACAUUUGCAUUAGUAAAUGCAAAAUACACAUUUUAUAAAGGACAAAUUUUGUUAUGUUUUAUUUUCAUUACAUUGUAUAAUAAGAUUAUUGUAUGUCCUAAUUUGCAUUAUGUUAAGUUCUUUUCCUACGUAAAGGCAUAAAUAUAGCAACUUUGUAUAAAGGUAGCUUAUUAGAUUUUUUUUUUUUCUUUUAUAAAAAGUUGUCUAACAGUGGGACUACCAUUGCCAAAUUGUGUAUGAGAUAUGAAUUUUACCCCUCUGGUUAAUUUCUUUUAUGAACAUUCCAUAUUUCUCUAAUAAAAGACAUGAGAUACUGUACUACGCAUAAAUUAUAUUUUUAAUGCUGUUUCAUAUCAGCAUUUUAAAUUUUGGUUUGCAUUUUUAAUAUUGGCAAAACUCACCACUGUUAAUUAAAACCUUGUUGUAUGUGUAACAACAUCGUUUACCCUCUAUCCCUCUCCACUCUUUGUUCUGUUUCUCCCUGUCAGUGCCAACUUCGUACAUUUUGUAGCAUGGCAAUAAAAUAUAACUUUUACACUGA